AUGUCCAAUAAAGCACAGUUUGGGGAUGUCUCCAAUCUCGGAGGUGCAGAUCAAGACUCUGAGUCUGAACGCUGGUUUGUACAACAUCACACCGAGGUUGAGUUGGAUCUCAAGUCCACCCUAGCCAGACGAGCCAAAAACAUCUCCUCCACGCCCCAACUCCUAGAAGCCGAACUCAACCAUCUCCGCACUGUCUUCACCAGUUACAACAAUUACCCUGUCAAGUUAGUCAACCAAACCAUCAAUAGCACCCUCAACACCAGUGAUAAACCUCCCCGCCAACAAACAGCCCCUUUCGUCAUCAGCCUGCCCUACAUAGGAACUACCAGCCAUCAGAUCCGCAGACUACUUAAACAUGAAGCCAAUAUAGACGUUGUGUUCCAGAGAGGCCAGACAAUUCAGAACCUCCUCAAUGCCACAGGUAAACCACCAUGCACACGCCAACAAGAUCCAGCUGGUGUUGUGUACCACAACGAGUGUGAAUGCGGCGACUCAUAUGUAGGUGAAACUUCAAGACCUCUCAACCAACGCUUAAAAGAACAUCAUGCCACUGUCCUAAAAAAAUACGAUAAAUCUGCUAUCUUUGACCACACCCAAAUCCACCCCAGCCACAAUAUUAAGUGGGACAACGUCAACAUCUUAACAACAAACAAGAAAGACUUCAAGCUCAGAAAAUUUAGAGAAGCCAUUUGCAUCCAAAGAAUUCAGCCAGUCAUAAACAGAGAUCAAGGAUACUACAUCCCUCCAGCUUACCAUGAUCUCAUCAUUUUGCCAAAACAACACUGA